UUUUCUUCAUGUGAUUUUUGAUGAAAAAAAGUAAACAUUAAGAAGAUUAAAUUAAAUUAGUGUUACAAUUUGAUUUCUUUUGAUUGGAAUUAUUUUUUGAUUAAGUUUGUUUUUCUAUGGAAUCUUGACGGUUCACUCAUCUCAGUAUUUUCUGGUGUCAUCAUGUUUGAAAAUUUUCGGGAUAAAAUUCAAAACGUUCAAAGUUUAUCAUCUGGGAUUUUGGAUCUAUCUAUCGGCGAGAAGAAAAACAAAGAAACAAUAAGCGACGUUAAUCUUAAUGCAGGGUUUAAACUAUUGACAUGGAAUCAAAAUGUUUGGUCUAAGUGCCAUAAAUUGAAUGAAGAAAAUGCCAAAUUAGCGGAAAAAGUGGCCUCUCAAAUAGAAGAUUUAGAAUUACGUUCAUCUCGACACAAAAAUUCAGCCAAAGAGUUUGAAAGUAUCUGUGAUAUUUUACCACAAUUGGAAGAGAGUAUCUCCACAGUAGAAGGGGAUUUAAUCUCGUUGAGACAGAACGUUCUGAAUGUAGAAAAGGUUCUGGAUGAAUUAAAGAUGAAAAAGGAACUGGAAAAUUUCAUCCAAUUCAAAGUGGACCAAAAAGUUCGAUUGUCCCGUUACAAAGAUAGUAAAUUAGCUGAAUUUGAGUCUUUGAAAUGUCGAUUAGCUGCUGAUCACGCCAAGAAGAUUGCCAACUAUGAGAAGUUGGAACUUCUCAAAUUAAAAGAGAAACAAUUAGUCUACCAAGCAGCAUUCGAAGAGGAUUUAAACUUUUACAAAACCCAUGGGAUGGUAACAAGUAAAAAAGAUAAACAACCAAAGGUCAAAUCGCUCGAAGAAGUUGAAGUUGAGCCCGACGAAGAGGACAAAAGGGCACUUGACCAAUUUCUCGAUGACAUAAGACACUCGGUUAGCUGAUAAUCCAACUAAAUUAAGCGAUUUGUCUGUUAAUUAAUUUCCAGUGAUUCAACUCAAUCAAAUUUGGUGAAUUGAAUUCGCAAUUCAAACCUAAACUCAAUCACACAUUCAACAAUUUGUUUUCUAUUAUCAUAAUCGUGUUUAAAUUACUAUUGUUAUAAAUUAUCGACAAUUCAAUUUUUUGGGAAGAAAAUAUUUAAAUCAAAUAAUGAGAAGUCAAAAUGAACAAUUUAUUUUAUUAGAUUAACAAUUAAUUGACAACUAGGUCAAUGUACACACAA